UGUUAAUUGUAGGCAGAGUAUGUGGAUCUUGAAAUCCUAUGGGAUAGAGCUAAUGAUGCCAUUAACACCAUAAUUCUGGUGUUUUCUUGUAGCCUUGUAUUAAGAUUCAAAUGCGUAUUUCUCAAACUGGCUGAAUUUAUCAGUCGGGAAGUACAACUAAAUUCAAGAUUCACCUAUGCUCACACGCUUUGUGGUCAAGAAUAUUUGGCAUUGGAGGAUUUUGAAAAUGGUGGAACAUUAUCAGUUGUCCCGUGAUAUAUUGUAUAGUACUUAAGUUUGUUUUCUUGUUCGUGAUAUGUUGGCACUCAGUCAAAAUGGGCCAGUCGGGUUAGGAUGGAUGCGCACAAAGCAUGUUGAAGACCCAUGCAAACAUCCACGUUCACAUGUUAGAUUAGAGCAGAUAAGUUUAUGGCCAUUUAGCAUUUGGAGCAAACCCAUUUGUGCCAAUGGGUGUUUCUGGGUCCAUGGUGCCUGUUCUUAUACUCGGGUCUUUUCAAAAAGAUGGAUAGUGCCAGGUUGGCGGCUCGGGUGGUUUGUCAUGACUGACCCUAAUGCCAUUUUAAAAAAUGAAAAGGACGCUCUUGACGUAUUUCAGCAACUUCCUCUUAAGCAUUAUAACACAGCCUGGGUGCUCUCUCAGGUUGGAAAAGCUCAUUUUGAACUGGUUGAUUAUAUAGAAGCCGAGCGUGCCUUUAGCAAUGCUCGUUUGGCUUCUCCUUAUAGCUUAGAAGGAAUGGAUGUCUAUUCUACUGUUUUAUAUCACCUAAAGGAGCAUACGAGGCUGAGUAAUUUGGCACAGGAGCUAAUAUCAACAGACCGCUUAGCCCUGCAGUCAUGGUAAGUACUUUUAAGUUUU